CACUUUCCUGUGCAGACUUACACUCAGAGGGCUAGCUACACAAUCCUUUCUCCAGUCACAAUUCAGGACCAUCACGAAAGAUGGGGAGAUUGAUCCAAUACCUCGCCAUGGUCUCAGCCAUGGUCCUGACAGUGCAAGGUCAGCCCUCGCUCAUUGACUACAUGGAAAGAAGACUCUCUGCUUUUGAGGAUCGGAUCGCUGUCUGGUAUGAUCAGACCCAACGAUACUCCUCAGAAUACAGAGAAUUCAAAAACCAGAUUCUUUCUCUGGUGGACAGCUUGGAUAAGGAGAGAGAGGAGCAACGCCGCAUUCUUGACUUCGCAAAUUCUCGUAUUGAACGUAUCGAGCGAGAGAUGGAUUACUUAGAGACCAAAAAUCCAGCCCCAGCAUGUAUGGAGAUUGAUGACAAGUUUAUCGACAAAGGUGCUGGAAAAACUGAGCAAAGGAAGAAACCUAAGUUUUUUGAUUGUACCGAAAUGAUCAGUGGCAUUAAAGCAAUGAAAAUAGUUAAGAAGCUAGAGACAACUUCUGGCCUGUGGACCAGAGAUCUGAUGUCGGCCUCUGGGAAAGUCUAUGUUUUUGACGGUAUAGCUAACGAUACAGUCUAUGAAUUUGCCAGAUUACGGGACUUGACUGACUUCUCUGGCUUCAUGAAAGCAAGGAAAAUCAAACUGCCUUAUCCAUGGGCUGGUACAGGCCACCUGGUGUACAAAGGCUUCUUGUAUUACAUUAGAAAUGAGCCUGAGUUCCAACUGAUUAAAUUUGACCUGAAGAACCGGACAGUGAUAGAUAGCACCAUGUUCCCUGCCGAGCAGCAGAUCCCAGUCUAUGGCUUAUCACCAUACAACUACAUUGACCUAGCUGCAGAUGAGCAUGAUUUGUGGGCUAUAUAUGCUACCUUAGAAAAUGAGAAGCACAUCUGCCUCGCCAGGUUGGAUCCCAAGACACUGGAUAUUGAGCAGAUGUGGGAUACUCCAUGUCCUAUAGAGAAUGCAGAGAAUGCCUUUGUCAUUUGUGGAACACUCUAUGUGGUUUACAACAGUAAGCUCCGCGGUCGUUCACGGAUCCAGUGUGUGUACGAUGUCAACGGCAUUGUAACCAACGAUGUAGCGCCUUUGGUGUACUUCCCCAAACGAUAUGGGAUGCAUUCCAGCCUGAAAUACAGCCCAAGAGAGAAUUAUCUCUAUGCCUGGGACGAUGGAAACCAAAUAAUAUACAGGCUGGCAAUGAAGUCGAAAUCAGAACUGUAAAACUUUGUACCUAAAUGCAUGUCAUUAGUAGGAUCAGGAGCCGGAGCAAAGCCCCCUCAACAGUGAGGAACCAAAGUAAGAUGGUGGAAAAUGACAAUGCUUUAAGAUGAUUGAUUAAGUAAUUUCCCAAGGCUCCAUUAAAGGGUUCAGCAUCAUGACAAUAGAAUCAAAUAUGUCAUUAAUUGAGAGAUUAACAGUACCUUAACAUGCUGGGUGAUGUAUUACAUGUAAUUGCAUCUUAGACAGCUGCAGUCAAAUUAUGGAAUUAGUCAAAACGGAUUUGUGUGGGCCACUUAAACCAAAUGCAUCAAACACACUCACAUGAAACAGCCAUCAAAAAAAAAUGUAAGCAACUUCAUGCAAUGUGUUAACGCAUUCAGAUGUGAACAGAAGUUCCUGAUAAAAGCACUUGCAUUUAUAUGGCUACUUUUACACUAUCCCAAAUCAUUUCACCUCAAAUGAUGUACUUCUGAAGUGUGGUACCUUUUAUAAAAAAUAUAGGUAACAUUUUUUGCCCCAAAAGCAUUCACAAAUAGCAAAGAAGUAAAUUAAGAAUUCAUCUGAUUUAGGUGUUAGCUCAUGGGUAACUAUUGGCCAGAACACUGACAGACUCUUUUUGGAAGUGCAGGGCUGAAUUUUCCAGAUGCUGGUCCAGCUGAGUCUCAUCCUCACAAUGCCCCACACUGAGGUCAAAGGCAGCAAUAGGUCAGCCACCUGACAUCCAUAUUGCCAGUGCCCUUUAAGCUUGUUAAAAAUUGAACCUACUUCAAUGUUUCACAACCCACUCCAUUUUACAGGAGGUAUACAGGCAAACCAUUAAGAGUGUGUUAUUCCAGAUAUGUGGGAGUCCAUGAGAAUGAGUCCAUGGAAGCAAUUUGCAGCAAAGUCCACUGCUUAUGGUGACAGUAUUUAGCUGUCAGUAAUCCUGCAGUGCUGAGAUUCUGCAAGCUGACAGAACAAUAAGGGAGAGCUAGAGGCCUAAGGGCCUGUUAAGCUGGCAAUUGGUUCAUGGCUGAAUCCCUCUCUCACUUGAUAUCCCAGCUUAGAUGUUCGAUUAACUGCAGUCCCCUCCCCUCUGCUGCAUCCCAAUUGGCCCUCAACCCCAUUGGUUAGCUAUGAUUCGACUGGCUGACCACUGAUUCAAUAUAAUGUAACAGUGGGGGAGGGAUGAGGUGGCAGGAAAGAGGGAGGGUGGCAGCAGUGAUAGGAGCAUGCAGUUCCCUGCCACUUCUGUUAUUCCAGGCCAACGUGUGAAAUUAUUUGUAUUCACGUAAAAGGGCAACAGGGCUUCAGUUUAAUAUCCUAUCCAAAAAUAGCACCACUGGCAUUGCAGCACUCCUUUAGUAUCAUCAUUAAUUGUUACGGUCACUGUCAUUGAUCUGAUAUUUGUCUCUGACACCACUGUUGAUUGGGCAUUUGUCUAAGAUACUGUCAAUGACAAAUCACUCCUAAACAUAGUAGAUGAUGUGUUGGGUUAGAUAUCCCUUGAUGUUGGCACACUUGGUGGCCAAGGGUAGGGUAUGUAGCAUUAUGGUAGGUGACAUGUUAUUGUUUAGGUUCAUUCUGAAACCAAAUUGUCACUGUGCCCACAUAUAAGGUUCCAGUAUGGGAUUAAAGAACAGUACUGCGUGUAGUUUCGAAUAGAACUCGACAAGGUUUGUCACAAUGAUGUAAAUGAUACAACCAAAGAUAUACCUUAACCACUGUAUGACUCUGGACUUGCCCCUAAUUUCAAGUCACAGGCCUUGCACAUAAUACUCUGACACAGCACUUACUGUUGGUACUGUGGCCCAACUUUGUUAAAACCUCAGUAGCCGAAGGGUAAAUCCAUUGAGUAAUAGUCCCUAUUGAAACUGGCUCCGUGAUGUUGUAAUGUCAACUAAUUUACGUCUAUAGUGCUCUUGUACUGCCUUAUAGCUGCUCCAGUUAUCCUGUAUGUAACCACAAUGUAUAUUUUUAAUAAUUAUAAUGACCUGCGUUAAUAACAAUCACGCAGUGUGAAGCUGAGUGAUGGAAGUGAUUAAAAUGCUCUGCAUUCCAUUCCACUAA